AUUCCCGGCGCGUCGUUAGCUCGGCGGAGUAAGGCUGUGUAGGCGGCGGCGAACGGCGCGGGUAUCUUGGCAGACAUGGACAGUGCGGGGAAAGAGCGAGAGGCUGUGCAGCUGAUGGCGGAGGCCGAGAAGCGAGUCAAGGCCUCCCACUCCUUCCUCCGGGGCCUGUUUGGAGGAAACACGAGGAUAGAAGAGGCUUGUGAAAUGUAUACCAGAGCAGCAAACAUGUUCAAGAUGGCCAAAAAUUGGAGUGCCUCCUCUCCAGCUGCAGGAAACGCCUUCUGUCAGGCCGCCAAGCUGCACAUGCAGCUGCAGAGCAAGCACGACGCCGCCACCAGCUUCGUGGAUGCUGGCAACGCUUACAAGAAGGCAGACCCCCAAGAGGCUAUCAACUGCUUAAACGCAGCCAUCGACAUUUACACAGACAUGGGGAGGUUUACCAUUGCAGCUAAGCACCACAUCACCAUCGCCGAGAUCUACGAGACGGAGCUGGUGGACAUUGAGAAGGCUAUUGCACAUUAUGAACAAUCGGCUGAUUAUUACAAAGGAGAAGAAUCCAACAGCUCCGCUAACAAGUGUCUGCUGAAGGUGGCGGCAUAUGCUGCCCAGCUGGAGCAGUACCAGAAAGCCAUCGAGAUUUAUGAGCAGGUUGGGGCAAACACUAUGGAUAAUCCUUUGCUGAAGUACAGUGCGAAGGAUUACUUCUUCAAAGCAGCCCUGUGUCACUUCAUAGUAGACGAGUUGAAUGCCAAGCUGGCCCUGGAGAAGUAUGAGGAAAUGUUCCCAGCAUUUACUGAUUCCAGAGAAUGUAAACUAUUGAAAAAACUUCUAGAAGCUCAUGAAGAGCAGAACAGUGAAGCUUACACUGAGGCGGUGAAGGAGUUUGACUCCAUAUCUCGCUUGGAUCAGUGGCUGACCACCAUGUUGCUGCGCAUCAAAAAGUCCAUCCAAGGAGAUGGAGAAGGAGAUGGCGACCUCAAGUGAACUUAUUAUCCCUCCGUGGCAUGCAGCUGACUCCUUUUUAGUUUUGUCUUAGGACCACGUGAUCUCCAUGGGACGCGCAUUGAACGGCUUCAUUCUGUUGCCUGUGAGCCCUGCGAGCUGGGUCUGUGGGAGCUCCCACGAGCUUGGGCGGGUGGUUGGCCGUGGCGUGCAUUGCAGGCCGCCCUGGCUCUCUGAGAAUCGUGCUGCAGACCCUUGCUCCUCCUUUGUCUUCAGUGUUGCCACGUUUCUGUGUCCCCCGAGAGCUGCCCACACACGUGCUUGGCAGAGUGUGUAUACGUUCACAUCUGGCUGUGUUCUGUAAAACACGUGUGUUUUAAUCUAGGGUAGCUAAUAGCAAUGCAUUGAUAACCUUGUUAGAAACCCUUCAUGGUUUGGUUGCCCUGUGAUGAUUUGGAUGGGCUGGAGACCACCUUCUUUGCUUAUGUGUCACUCUGUGGACUGAUGAGUGUGUGCUGGAAGGUUAGAACAGCUCAGGUGUGUUGAUGUCAGUACUGAGAGUUUCCUGGCAGUGCUUGCCAGGGUAUGGGUGACUGUCAGGUGGCCUUGAUUGAUCUGUGCUGUCACUCAAACAGAAGAACCCUGAGAAAUGGAGAGUUGGGGGUGGCUGGGCGUGAUUUGAGUGCGCUUUGGACCCUGCCUUGUUUUGCACGGAGAUUGCAUACUACAGGUGUGCUGUAUGGGUGGGUGAACUUGAUCUUAGCAGUGCAGGCGCUAGCAUGGUUCCUCAGAUAGAGUCCUGUUUCCUAAGGCUGCUCCCUGUGUUGUGCCUGAACAAUAUGUGUGUGAUGCACUCUUGUGGCCGACACUGCCCACGGCUCUUUCUGUUGGGUUGUCAUCACUGACACUGCGUCAUGAAACCUGCCGUGCUGUGCAGUAGCAGGCUGUGUGGCAGCUUGGCUGGAACCGGCAGGAUUUUGUACGACAGAAGUAGAGUGAGUCCAGACAAAGGGCUGAGCGAGGAAGGUUGUGGAGGAUGGGCGAGUGGGCAAGUGUAGAGUGAAAGGUAGUGGGCCCUGGAAGUGGGAGGCCAUGCUAAGCAGGACCUGCUGGGGAGCAGGAAGCUGGUGACAUCUGGAAGUCUUGGGGAAGGAAUGGGCCCUGGGAUCUGGGGGGCCUCCCUUCUCCCUCCAGCCCAGUGCAGUUGGGAGGGCAGGGCUGGUGGCAGAUUGCUCCUGGGGAGCACCAGUGGAGUUCAGCAGGAAGAGGAACUUGCCCUCAUUCCUGGACCUUGACUGUCAGCCAGCCAGACGCACCUGAGGACAGCGAGAAGCCUGAUGGUCAGGAGAGCAGCAAGCACUGGCUUCCUGGAUGGCAUGUCUGUGAGCCGUCGGUCAGAUACCCUGAGCAAUCCCUGUCUCAAGACCAUGGGUGGCCUUCUAAAACAGACCCUGGCACCAUAGUGCUGGGUCAGCAUUUCCACUGCAAGAAACACCAGGAUCAAGGCCUGAGGCAAGAAUGGAGUUUCUUAAUGUUUCGCAAGGAAAGAAUCAAAGUCAUCCUAGUGGCUGAAUGAGAGCUGGAGGGUGGGAGGAGGGAGGAAGCCCAGACAGCUGUGCACACACUCGGCUCCCGCCUUGGCUCGGGCUGCCAGCGGCCUCCGGGAGGAGUCUCGGACCUCACCGAGGCUCAGUGCCCCAUCAGAGUUGGUGACCAUUUCUUACAGGAUUUUGUGGCAACAUUUUUAUAGCUUGUGUGGUGCCCCUUUUUUAUUUCAUGAUUUGAAAACAGUGUUUUUGCACAGUUGUGACCGUGUGUGGUGAUGUCGCCGUGGCCCACAGCCUGUGUUUGUGUUCCCAGUGGUGUUAGGCACUUACCAACAUCCAGACGCAACCCGCGUGACUUCCCUUGGAGGGUCUGGCAGCACCGCAUGCCUCCACGCCCUGCCUGUGCGGUGUGAGCCGUGACCAGGGGCAAACGCCCCUGCCCUGUUAGGGCAGGGCCUCCUGAACACAAACCAUGUAACACUGUAUCUCCCUUAGCAGAAAGAAUGUUUCCCAUGAACCUGUACAGUAAAUAAAGUGGAAA